AUGGAUUCUUCAUAAGAGUAAUCAAAUCCUAAGGUUUCUGAUUAAGAUCAAAAUAAUAAUACUUAAGAAGAAGUGGAACACUUAAAGAUUGAAAAGAAUGUGAAACACGCAAAUGAUAACUAAAAUAAGGAACCAUAGCAUGAGUCCCAAGUUCAGCAUCAUAGUGAAAAAGACAAAUAAAACUAGGUUAAAUUAGAAACAGAAUAGCCUAUCUAAAUUCUAAAUAUCAGUAAAGACGAAGACAAUUCUAAACAUUUAGAUUCUGUUCCUCAACAUUAAAAUAACAAAUAAUCAAAUGAAAGUCACCAUGAAAAUUUAGAACACGAUAAUGCUAACUCAUAAUUUGUUGAAUCCUUAUAUGAAGCAAUUCCAUAAUCUCAAGAAAAAUUAGAAUAGUAAGAAAGAGUAGAAAAUUCUGUUGUUGACUAAUCUCAAUUUGAAAUAUUGGAUAAAUCUCACACUUAGUAAUUAAAUUAAUAGGAAAUAAUUUAAAACGAGCAAUAGCUAGAUAAUCAACUACAUUAAGCUUUAGAUGUAUCAAAAGAUGAAUAAAAUUAAUAAGAACCAGAAUUAAUUUAACCUACGCUUCAUUUCAAUUAAAAAGAUAACACCUAAAGGUAAGUUAUAUAAGAGGAAGAAAAGCAAGUAGAAGAAGGAGAAAUUAUUGAUGAAACCAAUUCAAGUUUACCUACUAACAAUCUAUAAGGUUCUUAGGUUCAAAGCUCCCCUAAAAUAGUAGAAAUUGAUUAAAAAUCAUAACUUGUUCUUUAAUUCUAAAAGUCUCUUGAUGAAGCCACUUUUCUAAAAAAUUAAGGAAACUAAUGGUUCCAGUUAAAGAAUUAUGCCAGGGCUGUUGAGUAGUAUAAUCUAUCUAUAGGAUUGUGUGAUCCAUACUAUUUAAUUUAAUGUCCAGAAGAAUAACUCUAAGAAUUUAAGAAAUUAAGAAUAAAUUUGUUAUCUAAUUUAAGUGCUUGUUUUUUGAAUCUUGGUGAUUCUAAUUCAUGUAUCACUCAUGCCAAUAUUGCAAUUCAACUUGAUCCUUCCAAUUAAAAGGUUUGGUAUAGAAGAGCUUUGGCAUAUUAAUAAAAAUAAGACUAUGAAGAAGCAUGGAGAGAUAUUGACCAAGCUUGGAACCUAGUAAAGAAUACUACUUAAAAUCAAGAAAUAUUCGAUAAAAGAAAAGAAAUCAGAGAAUUAUUAAAAUAAGCAAAUAAAGAAAGAGCUUCUCUUUAUUAAACUAUGUUGAGCAACAAUUAAGAUCAAAAUGAAGCUAAGAAUUCAACUAAUUAAACCAAAACAAAUGAUUCAAAAUUAGCAGCUAGUGAAAUACAUUAGAAAUCAUAGAUAAACGAAAAUAAUUAAUUAAGUUUUAGAUUCUCUGACAUUAUUUGGAAGACUACAGCAUCAGCAGUUCUUGCUUCUUCAAUGACUAAAUAUAUCUUGGAAGAAAAGCUUGAUACAAAGAUGGGUAUAAUUGAGACUUUAGUAUUGGGUUCUACUACAGCCUCUUGUUUUAUUGCAGAAAAACAGUGGUAAAAGCUUAGUUUUGCAACUGUUACAGCCGGAUUUUUAGCUUUUGUUUUAUAUAGGAAAUCAACUAAGUGA